AUGAAGAACUUCUCUGCCGUGACAUACAUUCAUCUAUCAGAUUACUAUGGAAUGGAGGACCAGAAGCCAGUGUACUUCUGCAUGUUCCUGAUUAUAUACAUAACCAUAGUUGCUGAAAAUAUUGUGUUAAUCGGAGUGGUGUAUUUUGAAAAAACUCUGCAUGAUCCAAUGUUUCUUUUGCUGUCGAACUUGGCUGUGAACGGUCUGUAUGGAAGCACUGCCUUACUGCCAGCACUGCUGAGCAACUUGGUGUCCGACUCAUAUGAGAUAUCUCUAGCGUUUUGUCAGAUACAGAUCUAUGUUGUACACACAUAUGCCGUCACCGAAUUCACAAUUCUAGCAGCUAUGAGUUAUGAUAGGUAUGUGGCUAUUUGUUAUCCGCUGCUUUAUCAUACAAUCAUGUCACAGAGAGUUGUUAAAAUCAUUGUCUUUACGUGGAUUUACCCAAUGCUGGCAUUUCUCAUUGUUUUUAUUUUCACUCUUCGGCUGCGGCUUUGUGAGAGAACCAUAGACAAGGUGUACUGUAUGAACUACUUACUGGUCAAACUUGCCUGUACAGACACAGCUAUUGUUAACAUAGUUGGCCUAGUAUCUGCAGCUUUAUUUGUAAUUCCACAACUUAUCAUGAUCUUUUAUUCAUAUGCACACAUCCUGAGGAUAUGUGUAUUGUCAUUCAGAGAAUCCAAGCUCAAGGCCCUCCGGACUUGUACCCCCCACCUGUUCGCAGUAACUAACUACUCCAUCGGAUGCCUUUUUGAAAUAGCACAAAGUCGAUUCAAAAUGAGUCACCUGUCUUACCAAAGCAAGUUGUUUUUAUCUCUGUACUUUUUGAUAUUCCCACCCAUUCUGAAUCCCACAAUCUACGGUCUGAGUAUUCAAGUCAUAAGGGCAAAACUUGUUAAGCUUUUCAGCAGAAAAAGCUGGCAUGUCACUCAUAAUGUAGCCGAGAGGUCUGUUGUUAUGGUGCAUUCAAAGUGUGUUCUGCAUGUUGCUGUGAAGACUGAGGCCUCGGGAAACAAAUUACAUACAAAUAUCCUGUCUUUCCAUGUAGCUUAA